AUCCAAUCUGUUUUCUGCUGAGUGUUGAACGAAACCAUUGUAGCUCCGUCCGCCGGCCACAUCCCGGAACUAUAACCUCUCGCUGCUCCAUUGCUUCAACCUCGGCGUUUGCGUCUGUGUAGCAGCGGGCCGGCAGCUAGCUGUUGUGCUAAUCCAACACCAGCAGCUUUUGAAAGCCGUUUGCACUUUAAAGAACAGUUUUGGCUCUGGUACAUCCAGACAAGGAAUAUUUCGGGGUCAGUCCAAUUUAGACCCACGAUGUCCUUUCCUCCACAUUUAAACCGGCCACUAUUACCCCCUCCUGGGAUACCCCCUCAGUAUGCUGGUUUCCCUGCAGGAGCUCCGAUGAUCCCGGUCCACAUGGGCAUCAUGGCCCCUAAUCCUGUAAUAGUGUCGUCUCUGCCUGUGGUCAGCAAACCUCCAGUCCAUAGGAAGGAUGCUCUCCUCAGAGCCAAAGAUGACGAGGCUGGCCCCACCACCACAGUGUUUGUGGGCAACAUAUCUGAUAAAGCCUCAGAUAUGCUCAUCCGGCAGCUGCUCGCGAAGUGUGGAAUAGUUCUGAGCUGGAAAAGAGUUCAAGGAGCCUCGGGCAAGUUACAAGCGUUUGGUUUUUGUGAGUACAAAGAGCCGGACUCCACUCUACGAGCUCUGCGGCUGCUUCAUGACAUGCACAUUGGGGACAAAAGCCUUCUUGUGAGAGUGGAUCCUAAAACUGAAGCACAGCUGGAUGAGUGGAAGGCCAAGAAGAAGAGCGCUAAUGGGAAAGUGGACUCGGAGAAUGGAAACGAUCAAGAGGAGGUUCUGGAUGAGGAGACCAAAAAGAAGGAUCAGGUCGUCAAAGGUGCCAUUGAUGGAUUAAUGCGGGAAUAUGCUGACGAGCUCAGCGCGCCUUGUCAGGAUGAAGAGUCCUUGCGGCGAAAAAGAAAAAAGGACAAAAAAGAUGAGGAUGACUUGAACACAAUCGAUAUGGAGGAUGACAAGAGAGACCUGAUUACCAGAGAGAUUAGUAAAUUUCGAGACACUCACAAGAAACGUGAGGAGGAGAAGGACAAGCGGGAGAAGGAGCGUCUGGAGUUUGAGCGGGAGAAGCGCGAGCGGGAAAAGGAGCGCGAGCGCGAAAGGGAGCGAAGAGACCGCGAGAAGGAGAAGGAGCGCGAGAGGGAACGCGAGAAGGACAGGGAACGAGAGCGCGAACGGGACCGAGACAAAGACCGCGAGCGCCGGACCAGAGAGCGAGACUGGGAGAGGGACAGAAGUCGAGACAAGAGCAUUGCCCGCAGCCGCUCCAGGGAGAAAAGCCGAGAGCGAGAGAAAAAACGAGACCAAGACGAUGAGGAGGAGGUGCAUGAACGCAGGAGGCUGGAGAGGAAGCUCCGAGACAAAGAAGCAGCCUAUCAGGAGCGCUUAAAAAACUGGGAGCUCAGGGAGAGGAAGAAAGCGCGGGAUUAUGCCAAAGAUGUCGAGAGGGAAGAGGAGCGCCGACGAGAGAUGGUAAAGGAAGGCAAACGGCUAAAAGGCUUCCUGGAAGACUACGACGAUGACAGAGAUGACCCUAAAUACUACAGGGGCAGUGCACUGCAGAAGCGCCUUCGAGACAGGGAGAAGGAGGCGGAGGCGGAUGAGCGUGACAGGAAGAGAGAGAAGGAGGAGCUGGAGAAAAUCAGACAGAGGCUGCUAGACGAGGGACAUCCAGACCCAGACUCGGAGCUACGCAGGAUGGAGGAGGAAGAGGAGGAGCGACUGAGACGACCUCCCAUCGUCCAAGAGCCGGAGCCCGAGGAGCCACGGGAGCAGCGCCAUAGGGCUUCACGGGUCCACCGAGGGGACCGCCGUGAACAAAGAGGGGACCACAGGGAGAACCACAGUGGCCACCAAGACAGACCGGAGCAUCGUCCUCACGGCGCCCACUCGGAGGAUGAGGAGGUCGAGGAGGGCGAAGACAACUAUUACGACGAAGAGGACAAUCCUGAAGUGAAACCCUGCCUCAAGCCCACCAUGAGGCCCAUCACGGCGGCGCCGUCCGUGUCGUCGGCGAGCGGCAACGCGUCGCCCGACACGCCCGGCAACGAGUCGCCGUGCGGCAUCAUCAUCCCACAUGAGAACUCGCCCCCCAACAAGCUGCCUGACGAUGAGAACAGACCCAAGAUCGGCCUGAGCCUCAAACUUGGUGCGAGCGGCAGUCCCAGUCAGCCCAGUGCAGGCAAGAGGAAGAAGCUGCCCGUCGACAGCGUCUUUGGCAAGUUCGACGACGAGGAAGCAGACGAGCAGCCGCGCAAGAGGAAGCUCGUGCCUCUGGACUACGACGACGACAAGAGCCUGGGGGCGGACGGGGCCAAGGGCCCGAACUCGGAGGAGAAGCGCAAACACAUCAAGAGCCUCAUCGAAAAGAUUCCCACGGCCAAGCCCGAUCUGUUCUCUUACCCUCUGGAUUGGUCCAUGGUGGACACGGCGUUAAUGGAACGGCACGUGCGGCCGUGGAUCAAUAAAAAGAUCAUCGAGUACAUCGGAGAGGAAGAGCCCACAUUAGUGGACUUUGUCUGCUCCAAGGUGAUGGCUCACGGCACCCCGCAGGGCAUCUUGGAUGAUGUCGCUAUGGUUCUUGAUGAAGAGGCUGAAGUCUUCAUUGUAAAGAUGUGGAGGUUGCUCAUCUAUGAAACGGAAGCCAAGAAGAUUGGUCUGGUAAAAUAAAAGAAAUGGCGUUCUUCGUUAUAAUGUAUAAUAGAUUGAGGAGAGCUUGGUCAUGGCCCUUGCAACUUGUCCUUAGCUGCCGCGUCACCAUUUUCGUUGUAAAUAAUGUCACUCUCGGGUAAAAUAAUUUCCUGAAAAGGACCAUUUGCUUGUUUUUAAUCAAAGUACUUGAACUUCUUGUUGGUGGGGAGCUAAUUGAGAAAGGUUGCCUUCAACGUGUCGUUUGAAUGUGGGUUGCUUCAUUUGUGUGCACACCUGCAAUGACGGCUUGGUGGGGGGGCCAUGUCAUUAAUUUCAUCAUUUCAGCCAAAAUACAUUUGUUAAAAGCUCGACAGGAAAAUUUUACAGUUAAUGAUCUCCAUUGUGUUUUGUAUUGGUGACCAUUUCAAUAAAACAUUUUUGUUUUAUA